UUUACGAAACACUGCUGAAUAUAAACAUCCUCCGAUCUGCGCUUGACAUAUCAUAACACAUCUUGGCCAUGUAUAUACUUAAAUAAAGUAGUCAGUGUUCCAUAUCAGAUGUGAUAUUAGAAGUGAGGCCGGGAUGUGGCUUAUUCGCAAUGGGAAAUGUUUUCGUCAGAAAGAGAUGUCCCAGUCGAGUGACAUAUCAGGACAUGGCGAUAUUGCAAUUGAAACAGCAGCGAGAUAAACUAAAGCAAUAUCAGAAGAGAAUCACAUUACAGCUGGAGAAAGAGAGACUGCUGGCCAAACAGCUCCUGAAGGAUGGCAAGAAAGAACGAGCUCUUCUGCUGCUUAAAAAGAAACGCUACCAAGAUCAGCUGCUGGACAAGACCGAGAACCAGAUAGCCAACUUGGAGCGCAUGGUUCAAGAUAUUGAAUUUGCUCAGAUUGAAAUAAAAGUCAUUGAGGGUUUGAAAGCUGGCAAUGACUGUCUCAAGCAAAUGCAUGAGGUCUUGUCCAUCGAGAAGGUGGAGAGAAUACUGGAGGAGACACAGGAGGCCAUUGAGUAUCAGAAGCAAAUUGAUGAGCUGCUGGCAGGUUCUUUGACACAGGAGGAUGAGGAUGCUGUCUUAGCAGAGCUGGAGGCCAUCACUCAGGAAGAAGACAUAACCCUUCCAGAAUUACCCACAGAUCCCUUGCCGGUGGUGCCUAAAGGCGUGACAGAGGGAAAAGAGGCAAAAAUCAAGGUGGAGAGAGAAAUGCUGGCAGCGUAGUGAAACUCUGCUGUUUGAUCUUACACACUCACAUCCUGGCUCAUCAUUUUUUGUUUUGUUUUGUUUUUUAAUUAAAAAGAGAGCUUUGGGAGUAGAAUUGGCAGAAGAGAAGGCUUGUAUAUAUUCUCGGCAUACACACUACAAUCAUAAACAGUAUGUGAUUGUGAUGUGCACACAUUAGGAUCAGGGUUCCAACAGUCAUGGAAAACCUGGAAAUAUCAAUACAGUUUUAAAUUGUGAUUUCCAGGCCUGGAAUAUGGAAAAUGCAUGCUGUCAUAUUAAUAAAUAAAUAUU